GCGCUCAUCCGCAGGCCAGCAUCGAUAGGUUAAUUAAGCGCCAGUUUUCAGAUGGCGUCCACUAAUUAUUUCCGAAAAGGGUCGCACCUAGUGCCUUGUGGCACAAUAAUGCACUGGCUCCCCAACACGUGCUAAAGCACCCAUAUUCAUGCUAUGUGACGGCAAUCUGGAGCCCUCUAUGCUUAGUUACAUCCUCCACAUACAUAUGUCCCGGGUGUCUCUGGUGUUUCGCAUUCCCAACACGAUAAAUUCAAGAUGGCAGAUUUUCUGCAAACGGCUGUAAAAGGCCCUCACGGGAUACAUCAUUUCGCGCCAAAAAGUCAGUUUCGGCCCUUCCCUGACUCAGACCUCGGGCACUGUGUGCCGACUUUCGCCCUUCAGGGGCUCGGAGUAUGCUGGGGUUUCCAAAGUGUUUCCAACACAGCCAGUUGUUGUUACAUUUACAGUUCGCAUUCCUCGAUCGGCUUGGGACUGUGCAUCUCACGUCCUCCUACUCUACUAAACACACCGAAUUCGCAAAGUGGUAGGCAUGCUCAAGCUGUUCCAUUAGAUGCCUUGGCCCCAGAAACACAAAUGGAAGAAGAACCUGUGCACAUCGGAGGUUUGUCAGUGGAAGUCACCGAGCCUGCCUUCGGGAAUUCUCCAGGAAACUUGACGGCUCCCCAGCAACAUCUGCACGUGAGUCACGAAAUUCAACUCCCGCUCCCAAAUCAGUCAGCUCCAAAGAGAUCCAAUUUGGAGAUUGGGCUGUCAUGUCCUGGACGAAGCCACCCACAUAACACUUGACACACUUGUCGUGGAGACCAUGUGCAAGUUUGCCGAACUUGUCCCCAGAAAUGAAUUUUGUUUUCUUCUUCUCAACCAAAUCAGAUGGACUACUCGACUCGAAAAGGUUACCGCCACUGGAUGAUUUAAUCGCACAACAUCCGGAGUUGGGGGAUAGGUCAGAUGAAGCAUGGGAGGCUCAAUCGUUCAAGGAGAUACGAUGCUUGGAAAUUCUUUUUCCAACCGCCCAGCCUGCGGAUCCUCCCGACCCUGAAGCGAUACUUGAUUCUCAAUCAUCUGAAGAUGGUGGGCAGAGCAUCGCCUGCUUGUGUCAUUCCUUUCCGACCUCCUUCCAGCGGCAGUCAAGUUGUG